UCAUCUUCUUCUAUCUUCUGAGCUAUAACUUCCCAGUUCCCUCCGUCGCUCAAAAACUCAGGAUUUAUGCUCCCGAAAGCUGAUUGGUAAAGGUGGAUUUCAUAACGAUCUCUAUUACCUAGAGUUACCUAGAAGUGAAGGGAUUGCAAUGACAGUUACUCUCGAUUCUGAUUUAUGGCACCGACGUCUCAGACAUGCUUCAAAUGGAAAGUUACAACAUAUUUCAUUUCUCAAGGGCUUGCAACAGAAAAAUAUCUUUUGUGAUCCCUGCUUACGGGCUAAACAAACUCGUCUACCUUUCCCCAACAGUACAAACAUGAGCAAUGAAGAAGAAAGUUUUCCAAAUGACGAUGAAGAUGUUCAAGAUGACUAUGGCCAAACACCACCCACUUCUACUCAUGACGAUGAUGAUGAUGAUCAAGGCAAUGAAGGUCGUAGAGAUGAUUUAGUUCUUAAUGAUUUUUGAGAACUUAGUAGUUUGAUCUUUAUGCUGCUUAUUUGAGAUAGACAUUUUUAAUCUUAAUUCCCAUGAAUAAACCUUGUUUUUAAUUAUUAAUUGUGAAUUUCAAUUCUA